AUGCAUGAACUGCUUAAACACGUGCUUAAUGAGCGCGAUUUGACUCGAGCAGGCGAUUUAUUCGCCAUCCCGGACUCUGACAUCGUGGAUGACUUAAAUGAAGUUUUAAAGCAAAUAACUGAGAUAUCUUCUCGACCUGAUUACUGCCGCAAUGACCGUGACCAGGCUCUUAUAGAAAUUUGUGUAACCCGUACUACUUCUUGCAUUAAAGAAACAGGGACAUUGCCCAAAUACUGUGGGGCACUGGUGUCACUGCUUGAAUCCUGUUUGCACCACAAUCUGAUGCCUGUUGGUCAUCUUAGAGAUGAUGAUCCACCACAUGCAAAGAUCGCCUCGGAUAUAAUAGCUUGUAUUGUACUGGUGUCAUUUCCACUGCAAUCAGAUAAAGAGAUAAGUGGCAACAAAGAGGUGAUGGAGCUUUUUCUACCAGUAGCAGUGCAAUUUUUGCACAAGGGCAAUAGAGAGAUAUCGCGUCACAUGGCCCGGUAUCUUUCGUUGGCUGCGGUGCAUCAUGCGCCGUUACUUAAGCCCCAUGUUCAAACCAUCAUGGACUCUAUAAUGUCUGGCAAUUACCCCCUUUGUCGCAUCCUGACUAAUUUAUACGAAGUAUGUCCAGAGCCCCUAGAAGGGCAUGUAACUGCACUCGUCUCACUUUUACCUCACGCCGAACAGGUCGAGAAAAAUUCUUUGUUCGCCUUGUUUGAGCAAAUAGCAGUGCGAAGACCCGAGACGCUGAAGACAUGCGUGCCGCAACUACUGUCAUACUUGUGUUCCAACACCGCCAACCAGAGUGACCCUGGUUGUAUGUGUGUGGAUUUACUACAGCUGAUGGUUUGCCUUAGUCGCAGCCGCGCCUCCUUAGUCGUGGAGCAUAGCGCUGCGAUUCGGAGAGCUGCUAGGCCUCCGCAUGCUACUGCUAGAGCCUCUGCUCUAGUGGCCACCAUUCUGGCACAGCUUGGUCACACCAGCAGGGAACGUGCACAAGAGGCACUGAACUUCGUGGUGGAGCGGCUGAGCGGCGGCGAGCGCGGUGAGCAGGCGGCGCUGCUGCGCGAGGCGACCGCGCUCUGCUCCGCCUACCCCGCGCUCUUCACCGACCGCCUGCUGGCCGCCGUGCGCGCCACCAACAGGUGCGUGCCGCGCACUGUACACAGCCACGUUUGCACGUGUGCAUGUCUACACGUGCACACUACCCCGCGCUCUUCACCGACCGCCUGCUGGCCGCCGUGCGCGCCACCAACAGGUGCGUGCCGCGCACUGUACACAGCCACGUUUGCACGUGUGCAUGUCUACACGUGCACACUACCCCGCGCUCUUCACCGACCGCCUGCUGGCCGCCGUGCGCGCCACCAACAGGUGCGUGCCGCGCACUGUACACAGCCACGUUUGCACGUGUGCAUGUCUACACGUGCACACUACCCCGCGCUCUUCACCGACCGCCUGCUGGCCGCCGUGCGCGCCACCAACAGGUGCGUGCCGCGCACUGUACACAGCCACGUUUGCACGUGUGCAUGUCUACACGUGCACACUACCCCGCGCUCUUCACCGACCGCCUGCUGGCCGCCGUGCGCGCCACCAACAGGUGCGUGCCGCGCACUGUACACAGCCACGUUUGCACGUGUGCAUGUCUACACGUGCACACUACCCCGCGCUCUUCACCGACCGCCUGCUGGCCGCCGUGCGCGCCACCAACAGGUGCGUGCCGCGCACUGUACACAGCCACGUUUGCACGUGUGCAUGUCUACACGUGCACACUACCCCGCGCUCUUCACCGACCGCCUGCUGGCCGCCGUGCGCGCCACCAACAGGUGCGUGCCGCGCACUGUACACAGCCACGUUUGCACGUGUGCAUGUCUACACGUGCACACUACCCCGCGCUCUUCACCGACCGCCUGCUGGCCGCCGUGCGCGCCACCAACAGGUGCGUGCCGCGCACUGUACACAGCCACGUUUGCACGUGUGCAUGUAUACACGUGCACACUACCCCGCGCUCUUCACCGACCGCCUGCUGGCCGCCGUGCGCGCCACCAACAGGUGCGUGCCGCGCACUGUACACAGCCACGUUUGCACGUGUGCAUGUCUACACGUGCACACUACCCCGCGCUCUUCACCGACCGCCUGCUGGCCGCCGUGCGCGCCACCAACAGGUGCGUGCCGCGCACUGUACACAGCCACGUUUGCACGUGUGCAUGUCUACACGUGCACACUACCCCGCGCUCUUCACCGACCGCCUGCUGGCCGCCGUGCGCGCCACCAACAGGUGCGUGCCGCGCACUGUACACAGCCACGUUUGCACGUGUGCAUGUCUACACGUGCACACUACCCCGCGCUCUUCACCGACCGCCUGCUGGCCGCCGUGCGCGCCACCAACAGGUGCGUGCCGCGCACUGUACACAGCCACGUUUGCACGUGUGCAUGUCUACACGUGCACACUACCCCGCGCUCUUCACCGACCGCCUGCUGGCCGCCGUGCGCGCCACCAACAGGUGCGUGCCGCGCACUGUACACAGCCACGUUUGCACGUGUGCAUGUCUACACGUGCACACUACCCCGCGCUCUUCACCGACCGCCUGCUGGCCGCCGUGCGCGCCACCAACAGGUGCGUGCCGCGCACUGUACACAGCCACGUUUGCACGUGUGCAUGUAUACACGUGCACACUACCCCGCGCUCUUCACCGACCGCCUGCUGGCCGCCGUGCGCGCCACCAACAGGUGCGUGCCGCGCACUGUACACAGCCACGUUUGCACGUGUGCAUGUCUACACGUGCACACUACCCCGCGCUCUUCACCGACCGCCUGCUGGCCGCCGUGCGCGCCACCAACAGGUGCGUGCCGCGCACUGUACACAGCCACGUUUGCACGUGUGCAUGUCUACACGUGCACACUACCCCGCGCUCUUCACCGACCGCCUGCUGGCCGCCGUGCGCGCCACCAACAGGUGCGUGCCGCGCACUGUACACAGCCACGUUUGCACGUGUGCAUGUCUACACGUGCACACUACCCCGCGCUCUUCACCGACCGCCUGCUGGCCGCCGUGCGCGCCACCAACAGGUGCGUGCCGCGCACUGUACACAGCCACGUUUGCACGUGUGCAUGUCUACACGUGCACACUACCCCGCGCUCUUCACCGACCGCCUGCUGGCCGCCGUGCGCGCCACCAACAGGUGCGUGCCGCGCACUGUACACAGCCACGUUUGCACGUGUGCAUGUCUACACGUGCACACUACCCCGCGCUCUUCACCGACCGCCUGCUGGCCGCCGUGCGCGCCACCAACAGGUGCGUGCCGCGCACUGUACACAGCCACGUUUGCACGUGUGCAUGUAUACACGUGCACACUACCCCGCGCUCUUCACCGACCGCCUGCUGGCCGCCGUGCGCGCCACCAACAGGUGCGUGCCGCGCACUGUACACAGCCACGUUUGCACGUGUGCAUGUCUACACGUGCACACUACCCCGCGCUCUUCACCGACCGCCUGCUGGCCGCCGUGCGCGCCACCAACAGGUGCGUGCCGCGCACUGUACACAGCCACGUUUGCACGUGUGCAUGUCUACACGUGCACACUACCCCGCGCUCUUCACCGACCGCCUGCUGGCCGCCGUGCGCGCCACCAACAGGUGCGUGCCGCGCACUGUACACAGCCACGUUUGCACGUGUGCAUGUCUACACGUGCACACUACCCCGCGCUCUUCACCGACCGCCUGCUGGCCGCCGUGCGCGCCACCAACAGGUGCGUGCCGCGCACUGUACACAGCCACGUUUGCACGUGUGCAUGUCUACACGUGCACACUACCCCGCGCUCUUCACCGACCGCCUGCUGGCCGCCGUGCGCGCCACCAACAGGUGCGUGCCGCGCACUGUACACAGCCACGUUUGCACGUGUGCAUGUCUACACGUGCACACUACCCCGCGCUCUUCACCGACCGCCUGCUGGCCGCCGUGCGCGCCACCAACAGGUGCGUGCCGCGCACUGUACACAGCCACGUUUGCACGUGUGCAUGUCUACACGUGCACACUACCCCGCGCUCUUCACCGACCGCCUGCUGGCCGCCGUGCGCGCCACCAACAGGUGCGUGCCGCGCACUGUACACAGCCACGUUUGCACGUGUGCAUGUAUACACGUGCACACUACCCCGCGCUCUUCACCGACCGCCUGCUGGCCGCCGUGCGCGCCACCAACAGGUGCGUGCCGCGCACUGUACACAGCCACGUUUGCACGUGUGCAUGUAUACACGUGCACACUACCCCGCGCUCUUCACCGACCGCCUGCUGGCCGCCGUGCGCGCCACCAACAGGUGCGUGCCGCGCACUGUACACAGCCACGUUUGCACGUGUGCAUGUAUACACGUGCACACUACCCCGCGCUCUUCACCGACCGCCUGCUGGCCGCCGUGCGCGCCACCAACAGGUGCGUGCCGCGCACUGUACACAGCCACGUUUGCACGUGUGCAUGUAUACACGUGCACACUACCCCGCGCUCUUCACCGACCGCCUGCUGGCCGCCGUGCGCGCCACCAACAGGUGCGUGCCGCGCACUGUACACAGCCACGUUUGCACGUGUGCAUGUCUACACGUGCACACUACCCCGCGCUCUUCACCGACCGCCUGCUGGCCGCCGUGCGCGCCACCAACAGGUGCGUGCCGCGCACUGUACACAGCCACGUUUGCACGUGUGCAUGUCUACACGUGCACACUACCCCGCGCUCUUCACCGACCGCCUGCUGGCCGCCGCGCGCGCCACCAACAGGUGCGUGCCGCGCACUGUACACAGCCACGUUUGCACGUGUGCAUGUCUACACGUGCACACUACCCCGCGCUCUUCACCGACCGCCUGCUGGCCGCCGUGCGCGCCACCAACAGGUGCGUGCCGCGCACUGUACACAGCCACGUUUGCACGUGUGCAUGUCUACACGUGCACACUACCCCGCGCUCUUCACCGACCGCCUGCUGGCCGCCGUGCGCGCCACCAACAGGUGCGUGCCGCGCACUGUACACAGCCACGUUUGCACGUGUGCAUGUCUACACGUGCACACUACCCCGCGCUCUUCACCGACCGCCUGCUGGCCGCCGUGCGCGCCACCAACAGGUGCGUGCCGCGCACUGUACACAGCCACGUUUGCACGUGUGCAUGUAUACACGUGCACACUACCCCGCGCUCUUCACCGACCGCCUGCUGGCCGCCGUGCGCGCCACCAACAGGUGCGUGCCGCGCACUGUACACAGCCACGUUUGCACGUGUGCAUGUAUACACGUGCACACUACCCCGCGCUCUUCACCGACCGCCUGCUGGCCGCCGUGCGCGCCACCAACAGGUGCGUGCCGCGCACUGUACACAGCCACGUUUGCACGUGUGCAUGUAUACACGUGCACACUACCCCGCGCUCUUCACCGACCGCCUGCUGGCCGCCGUGCGCGCCACCAACAGGUGCGUGCCGCGCACUGUACACAGCCACGUUUGCACGUGUGCAUGUAUACACGUGCACACUACCCCGCGCUCUUCACCGACCGCCUGCUGGCCGCCGUGCGCGCCACCAACAGGUGCGUGCCGCGCACUGUACACAGCCACGUUUGCACGUGUGCAUGUAUACACGUGCACACUACCCCGCGCUCUUCACCGACCGCCUGCUGGCCGCCGUGCGCGCCACCAACAGGUGCGUGCCGCGCACUGUACACAGCCACGUUUGCACGUGUGCAUGUAUACACGUGCACACUACCCCGCGCUCUUCACCGACCGCCUGCUGGCCGCCGUGCGCGCCACCAACAGGUGCGUGCCGCGCACUGUACACAGCCACGUUUGCACGUGUGCAUGUAUACACGUGCACACUACCCCGCGCUCUUCACCGACCGCCUGCUGGCCGCCGUGCGCGCCACCAACAGGUGCGUGCCGCGCACUGUACACAGCCACGUUUGCACGUGUGCAUGUAUACACGUGCACACUACCCCGCGCUCUUCACCGACCGCCUGCUGGCCGCCGUGCGCGCCACCAACAGGUGCGUGCCGCGCACUGUACACAGCCACGUUUGCACGUGUGCAUGUAUACACGUGCACACUACCCCGCGCUCUUCACCGACCGCCUGCUGGCCGCCGUGCGCGCCACCAACAGGUGCGUGCCGCGCACUGUACACAGCCACGUUUGCACGUGUGCAUGUAUACACGUGCACACUACCCCGCGCUCUUCACCGACCGCCUGCUGGCCGCCGUGCGCGCCACCAACAGGUGCGUGCCGCGCACUGUACACAGCCACGUUUGCACGUGUGCAUGUAUACACGUGCACACUACCCCGCGCUCUUCACCGACCGCCUGCUGGCCGCCGUGCGCGCCACCAACAGGUGCGUGCCGCGCACUGUACACAGCCACGUUUGCACGUGUGCAUGUAUACACGUGCACACUACCCCGCGCUCUUCACCGACCGCCUGCUGGCCGCCGUGCGCGCCACCAACAGGUGCGUGCCGCGCACUGUACACAGCCACGUUUGCACGUGUGCAUGUAUACACGUGCACACUACCCCGCGCUCUUCACCGACCGCCUGCUGGCCGCCGUGCGCGCCACCAACAGGUGCGUGCCGCGCACUGUACACAGCCACGUUUGCACGUGUGCAUGUAUACACGUGCACACUACCCCGCGCUCUUCACCGACCGCCUGCUGGCCGCCGUGCGCGCCACCAACAGGUGCGUGCCGCGCACUGUACACAGCCACGUUUGCACGUGUGCGUGUAUACACGUGCACACUACCCCGCGCUCUUCACCGACCGCCUGCUGGCCGCCGUGCGCGCCACCAACAGGUGCGUGCCGCGCACUGUACACAGCCACGUUUGCACGUGUGCGUGUCUACACGUGCACACUACCCCGCGCUCUUCACCGACCGCCUGCUGGCCGCCGUGCGCGCCACCAACAGGUGCGUGCCGCGCACUGUACACAGCCACGUUUGCACGUGUGCAUGUAUACACGUGCACACUACCCCGCGCUCUUCACCGACCGCCUGCUGGCCGCCGUGCGCGCCACCAACAGGUGCGUGCCGCGCACUGUACACAGCCACGUUUGCACGUGUGCAUGUAUACACGUGCACACUACCCCGCGCUCUUCACCGACCGCCUGCUGGCCGCCGUGCGCGCCACCAACAGGUGCGUGCCGCGCACUGUACACAGCCACGUUUGCACGUGUGCAUGUAUACACGUGCACACUACCCCGCGCUCUUCACCGACCGCCUGCUGGCCGCCGUGCGCGCCACCAACAGGUGCGUGCCGCGCACUGUACACAGCCACGUUUGCACGUGUGAAUGUAUACACGUGCACACUACCCCGCGCUCUUCACCGACCGCCUGCUGGCCGCCGUGCGCGCCACCAACAGGUGCGUGCCGCGCACUGUACACAGCCACGUUUGCACGUGUGCAUGUAUACACGUGCACACUACCCCGCGCUCUUCACCGACCGCCUGCUGGCCGCCGUGCGCGCCACCAACAGGUGCGUGCCGCGCACUGUACACAGCCACGUUUGCACGUGUGCAUGUAUACACGUGCACACUACCCCGCGCUCUUCACCGACCGCCUGCUGGCCGCCGUGCGCGCCACCAACAGGUGCGUGCCGCGCACUGUACACAGCCACGUUUGCACGUGUGCAUGUAUACACGUGCACACUACCCCGCGCUCUUCACCGACCGCCUGCUGGCCGCCGUGCGCGCCACCAACAGGUGCGUGCCGCGCACUGUACACAGCCACGUUUGCACGUGUGCAUGUAUACACGUGCACACUACCCCGCGCUCUUCACCGACCGCCUGCUGGCCGCCGUGCGCGCCACCAACAGGUGCGUGCCGCGCACUGUACACAGCCACGUUUGCACGUGUGCAUGUCUACACGUGCACACUACCCCGCGCUCUUCACCGACCGCCUGCUGGCCGCCGUGCGCGCCACCAACAGGUGCGUGCCGCGCACUGUACACAGCCACGUUUGCACGUAUGCAUGUCUACACGUGCACACUACCCCGCGCUCUUCACCGACCGCCUGCUGGCCGCCGCGCGCGCCACCAACAGGUGCGUGCCGCGCACUGUACACAGCCACGUUUGCACGUGUGCAUGUCUACACGUGCACACUACCCCGCGCUCUUCACCGACCGCCUGCUGGCCGCCGUGCGCGCCACCAACAGGUGCGUGCCGCGCACUGUACACAGCCACGUUUGCACGUGUGCAUGUCUACACGUGCACACUACCCCGCGCUCUUCACCGACCGCCUGCUGGCCGCCGUGCGCGCCACCAACAGGUGCGUGCCGCGCACUGUACACAGCCACGUUUGCACGUGUGCAUGUCUACACGUGCACACUACCCCGCGCUCUUCACCGACCGCCUGCUGGCCGCCGUGCGCGCCACCAACAGGUGCGUGCCGCGCACUGUACACAGCCACGUUUGCACGUGUGCAUGUAUACACGUGCACACUACCCCGCGCUCUUCACCGACCGCCUGCUGGCCGCCGUGCGCGCCACCAACAGGUGCGUGCCGCGCACUGUACACAGCCACGUUUGCACGUGUGCAUGUAUACACGUGCACACUACCCCGCGCUCUUCACCGACCGCCUGCUGGCCGCUGUGCGCGCCACCAACAGGUGCGUGCCGCGCACUGUACACAGCCACGUUUGCACGUGUGCAUGUAUACACGUGCACACUACCCCGCGCUCUUCACCGACCGCCUGCUGGCCGCCGUGCGCGCCACCAACAGGUGGCUCCGUGGGAGGUUUACACAAAAGCAUGACGCGGUUGUCAUCCUCCCAACAAAUCAACCUUCAACAAAACGCCAAUCAACCCGUUGUUGCGAGCACCGCGAAGUGUGGCAGCGGCGGUGCGGCACGGCGCCAUCACCACCACAACAUACUCAUCGGACCCACCACUGCUACGAACACCGGUCCCACCAUUAUCUCAGGGCCACCGCUACAAACACAAUCCAUAUCCGUGAACCCGUUAACAACGGGCAAAUCGACGGAUGCACUCACACCGCUCACGUCAUCAGUAUCCAUCCAACAUUCCAACUCCGCCUUGGGUCAAAUAUCCGUUAUAACUUCCACGGCUAACACACACGGGCCAAUCUCCAACAACACACCCGGUCAAACGUCUGGUCCUGUAACGGUCAGCGCGAACCCGGUGUCUAUAUGCGGGCCGGUGACAGUAACUUCGCGGCGGGCGAACAACACGAGCGUCACAAUGAUCAACUCUAGUUCCAACUCAAACUCGAAUACGAACACCAACUCGAACCACCGGAUCAGUGUAUUCGAACCGUAUCCGAUGCGAGAUACCGUGCAGCAUUUCUGCGAGAAGCACUUGGACAAGAUCAAGGCGUAUAUGGACAAUGUUUCGCUGAGGUUGCCGCCGCCAGCCAAGUGCACCAUUGAAGAGCGUCGCUCGAAGAAGCAGGCGCGGCUUCAGUUCGCGUGCGGGCGUCGCGGGCCGCACUGCUUGUACGCGCGCGCCGCAUUUUCCAUGCGAACACGCGCCCCCCGGGUCUGGAUCCACCUUAUGUUUCUCGCACUACAAGCUCGUCAUGCGGCGGCACUCUCUUCGAGAGACCCCACCGUGGCCAGCUUGAAGCACUGCUGGGACAUCCUUAAGUGCGAGAACAAGACCUUCCUUACGCUGGUGACGGGCGCCUUCCCCGGGAUUAAGGAGCAGGAGAUGCUGGCCAGUGAGCUUCGUGCCGCCGGUUUCUUCGACGUGUUCGAACUGAGUGCUCCCGCCACGUGGGGCUGUUUCCUGUGCACAAGGCCUGAGAGGGCGGUGGGCUUCCUGGCGGCUGAGACGCCCGUCAUUGAGGGACAGCUCAAGGAGAAAAAGGGCCGCUGGCGACUCUUUCGGCGUUGGCGCACGCGAUAUUUCACGCUAUCCGGCGCUCAUCUUUCAUGCAAAGGCAGUAGUGGAGGCGAAAGCAUAGACAUAAACCAAAUACGCUCCGUUAAAGUGUCGAGAGGUGCGCGCAAUAUUCCGAAGGCAUUCGAGAUAUUCACGGGCGAUCAAACGCUGAUCCUCAAGCCGAAGGACGGCAAAAACGCCGAGGAAUGGGCGCAGUGCCUGAGCAUCGCCGUGGCGCAUUCGCAAGCGAGGGACGCCCCGGCCAAAGCAAACAGCCUCCCGGCCAGAGGACUUACCCUUAAAAGUUUUUAA